UGGUGCGUCGGGCGCCGGUGACGAUCGGGCGCAACUCGUCGCGGGGCGCGGUGGACGUGGACAUGGGCCGCUCGAGCUUCGUGUCGCGCCGCCACCUGGAGCUGCACUGCCGCCCGCCCCACUUCUACCUGCGCUGCCUCGGCAAGAACGGCGUCUUCGUCGACGGCGCCUUCCAGCGGCGCGGCGCCCCCGCCCUCCCCCUGCCCCCCCGGUGCACCUUCCGAUUCCCAAGCACCGUCAUCAAGAUCCAGUUCACGUCGUUCUACCACAAAGAGGAAGUAAAGGAAGACGCCUCGUCACCGCCCCUUCGACCGCUCUACCCGCAGAUAUCGCCUCUUAAGAUCCACAUCCCGGAGCCGGACCUCCGGAGUUUGGUCAGCCCGCUGCCCUCCCCUACUGGCACAAUCAGUGUUCCCAAUUCAUGCCCCGCCAGUCCCCGGGGCGCUGGUUCCUCAGGAUAUCGCUUCGUUCAGAAUAUUACCUCGGACCUCCAGCUGGUCGCAGAAUAUGCCGCGAAGGCCACGUCGGAACAGCAAGCGGACACUUCCGGCGGGGACAGCCCAAAGGACGAGUCGAAGCCCCCCUAUUCGUACGCCCAGCUAAUUGUUCAAGCUAUCUCCUCGGCCCAGGACAGGCAGUUAACACUAAGUGGGAUCUACGCCCAUAUCACCAAGCAUUAUCCCUACUACAGGACAGCUGAUAAAGGUUGGCAGAACUCCAUUCGGCACAACCUCUCCCUGAACCGUUACUUCAUUAAAGUCCCACGUUCUCAGGAGGAGCCUGGGAAGGGCUCUUUUUGGAGGAUAGAUCCCGCUUCGGAAGCCAAGCUGGUGGAGCAGGCCUUCCGGAAACGGAGGCAGCGGGGGGUGUCCUGCUUCCGAACACCCUUCGGGCCUCUCUCUUCCCGGAGCGCCCCCGCCUCCCCCACCCAUCCUGGCCUGCUCUCCCCUCACUCGAGCGGCUUGCAGACUCCAGAGUGCCUGUCCAGGGAGGGCUCGCCCAUUCCACACGACCAUGACUUUGCCUCAAAGCUGGCCUCCGUUCCUGAGUAUCGGUAUUCGCAGAGCGCACCUGGUUCGCCUGUCAGUGCCCAGCCGGUGAUCAUGGCCGUCCCUCCUCGGCCGUCGGCCCUGGUCACCAAGCCGGUGGCCUACAUGCCGGCCUCCAUCGUGACUUCCCAGCAGCCUUCCGGCCAUGCCAUCCAUGUCGUGCAGCAAGCCCCCACGGUCACGAUGGUCCGGGUGGUGACCUCCUCCGCAAGCUCGGCCAAUGGAUACAUCCUGACCAAUCAGGGGGCAGCGGGGGGCACCCACGACGCGGGAGGAGCGGUCUUGGACUUGCCCGGUGAGCCUCGAGGGAUGGACGAGAAGCCAACCAUCGCAUUUGCGGCGAUACCCACCGCCAGCCGAAUUAUCCAAACGGUUGCCAGUCAGAUGGCUCAGGGCAUCCCGGGACAAACGGUCACCAUCCUCCAGCAGGGGGCACCUGUCACCCUCGGGCAGCACCACCUGCCUGUCCGGGCCGUGACCCAAAACGGGAAGCACGCCGUCCCUUCCCACGGCAUAGCUGGCGGCGCUUACGCCCUCACCAAUCCGUUGCAGCUCCUCGCCCAAGCGAGCUCCUCCGUGCCUGUGGUCGUCAGCCAGGGGGGCGAGGCCGGGACUAAAGGUGCGUCCGAGCCUGCGAACGAGCCGGACGUCAAAAGACCCCGGAUCGAAGAGUCCCAAGGAGGAGGGGCUCCGCUGCAGACCACCGGCGGCGUCAUCACUUCGACAGCCCCGCAGGGACAGGCUGCUGGGGAAUGA